GUCGAGAUUAAGACAGCCUGACCUGAGUUUCAAUUAAUAAUAUACUCUAUUGCUCACUACCAUCUGCAUCAAAGGUACACAGUAUUUCUAAGAUCUACAUUGCGUAUCACUCAUACUAGAUAGAAUCUGUUGUCAAGCCUCUUUCUCACUGCUCACAAAUUCCCCGCAAGUCCUCAUCUCGCCUUUUGUGCCAUCGAUUUCAAUUUCGAUGCCUCCUAAAUGGACAUCAAACAACGUGAAGUGUAACAUAUGUGGAAUACUAGUACGAGCUCGUGGACUGGUGCCGCAUGCAAAGAAAUGUAGGAAGCUAGCACGGGAGAAAGAAGAAGAUGACGAGGUCAAAGUGAUUAUCAAAGAAGCGACGGCGAAGAAACAACACAAGGCUCACAAUUGGUCCAAACGACGUGCGGCGUCAUCUACAGUUGAUCCAAUCAAAAUUUGGUCGACGCAGCGUCACAAUCACGAGAAUGAAGCUGCAGAAGAUAAUAUUGACAUGCAAGGAUCAACGCCUCGAAGUCAUCAAUCAUUGAUAUCAGAUUUUAAUAUGGCAUUGCCUGGCCUUCAGAGCCACUACGAUGAUGCAAAUCCUGCAGAUCAGGAACCAUUACCGCAGCUGGAUGAUAUCAAGCCAGAUUCCAUCCACCAUUCAUCAUUUCGCUGUUUUCCUCGCACACGUCCCACAGAAGCUUCAGUACCUUGGAAUCAUGCACCAUGGGAACCAUUCCAAACAUGGCUCAAUUUUGAGGUCGCAGAAAUUGCCCUUGAAGCUGCACUCACCGCAGAGCAAACCAAUCAUCUGCUUAGUCUCAUUCAUCGUUCCGCACGUAGGGAUGAAACCUUUACACUACAAAACCAUGAUGAAGUCCAGGAGUUGUGGUCAACUGCUUCCCAAUGCUUCACACCGUUUCAAGUUGAUGUAGUUUCGGUUCUGUAUCAAAACAAGGUGCACGAGUUUGAUAUGCACUACCAUCCUCUUUGGGAAUGGGCUCUUGAUAUGUUGCGAGAUCGAUGUCUUGUGUCGCACUUCAUAUUUGAUGCACAACGCCUAUACAAAUUCAAUGGAUGCACAGAGCAGGUGCCAGAGGAUCCAGAGCAUGCAGGAAAAAGCAGCUUUGUGGACUUCAAGAAUGCCGUUUGGCAUGAGUCCUUUUUGAAACUUCUAGAGUCCGUCAUACAGAUCUCAAGGACAGGAUAUUUGUUUGAGUGUGGUGAUGCCAUCCAGCGCCUGCUUUGGCCCUUGAUUUUGAUUCUGAGUGCCGACUAUGAAGAACAAUGUGUAAUGGCAUUGAUUUGUGGACUGAAAAGUAAAUUUCCAUGUCCGAUCUGCUUGGUCCCUCAAGACGAGCAAUCCGUCUUGUCUCAUGAACUUCGAUUACAGACAAGUGCUGAGUCUGAGGAGGCCCUUCAGUUGGCCCGUGCGAAGACAUCCAAGAAGGAGAGGGAAAAAUUACUCAAAACUUACUCGCUGCGUGAUGUUGAAGUAUGGUUUGCAAGGCACCAUUUAUGGAGGGAGCUUCAGUUCUGGAUACUUGAAUUAGGGCGAGAAGCUGUUGUGCAGAUGGAUGCGAAUUAUGAUGCUUUUCCACGGUGGUCUAACCUGACGCUCUUUUUGAAGGUAGUUGUGGUCAAUUUCAAUGAUACUUCACAUCACGAGGACAUAUUGAAGCCUGUAACAGGCAAGGACUGGAAUUUCCCCAAGAAACAUGCAAGUUCGCAUCUAUUUGAUGAUAUCUUAGCAAAAGGCACAACACAAAACUACAACACAAAACCAAACGAGAAGAUGCACGGCCCUGUGAGGGACAUCUACCGCAAUCAAACAAAUUUCAAGGACAUUGCUACACAGAUUCUUCGCUAUGAUCAUUGGCUACUAACCUCAACAUCAAUGCGUUCUGAACUCGACGAGUUGGACAAGUACAAUUGGAAAGCCAACCUCCCAACAACAGAAGAUGCAGACACAGAAAAUCCUGCAAUUUCUGUGGCUCCAGCUCCCUGCACCCACAUAAAGUUAGGCUUGGCGCAAGAUGACAAGCGCAUUCAUUUGCAGGCUGACAACAAGAUUACUGGAUACAAAUAUCUGCAAGUCAACUACGAGUCUAUGGUCAACUGGCGCCAGUGCAAAGACCUCCUUUGA